AUGGACUACGGCUUGAAGUUGUCGCUGGAGAAGUGCACAUUUUUCCAAACGUCUGUGCGCUAUCUCAGCCAUAUUGUCUCAGAGCUCGGGGUGGAGACUGACCCGGAGAAGAUAUGUGCCCUAAAGUCCUGGCCAAUUCCACGUACACUCAAAGAAUUGAGAUCAUUCUUGGGAUUUGCGGGGUAUUACCGCCGGUUCAUCCACGGCUACGCCGCCAUCGCCGAACCCUUGAACGACCUGACGAACGUGUAUACUCCAACACAUCAAAAAGGCCGUAAACAAAUGUCCACUCCCAGUUAUGACACCUGGACUUGA